CAAACAUCCAGUAGAACUCGACUUCCUCUAGGUGGAACUAACGGAGAUUUUCAAAAAGUGUGGAAAGAAGUAUGGAAAAAAGGAAGACGGUUGUGCAGUUUCGCCUUGAUGAGGACGAGAGGGAAACAGCUGCAAUUACAAUUCAGAGAGCUUGGAGAAGAUGGCUGGAUUGCGGUGUGUUUCAGUUCUAUAAAGAUCUAAUAGGUUUUAAGCAAUGCGGGGACCCUUCAUAUCUGAUGAGGUAUAUUGAACCUAGAGAGGCAGAAUUCUUAGAUGCUGCAGCUGGGGUCCAUAUCAGAUUCAGACUAGGUGGGGCAAAGUUUCCUCCAUGCAUAUAUUACAAAGUCUUUACCCACAGACCUGUUGUGGAUAUGUGUGCUAACAGUCCUAGAGACUACGCAAAGCUUGCAACCCUAAAGGGGCAACGGGGAAAACCCCACAGAGAAAACAAGGAGGACUUGAGUGGCUGGUACCAACGGAUAGAGAAUAACGGCUGGAGACUUCUUUCCCCCAGGUUCUUCAGGGGUCUGGACAGCAUAACUGCUGAAGACAACGUUAAAGUAAAGGAUUUUCGUUUUAACAAGUUGCAGAAAAGACAAGACAUAGAGAGAAAAAAGAAAAAGAAAAAAAUAGAGUGGCUGAAACGAAUGUACUAUGGAUCACAACUGCAGGUUAAAACGCUGGACCCAACUAAAACCUUAUUAAUCCAAAGAGCUGCAGAAGGAUUCAUUGCCUGCCUGGGAAAUGAAGGACUAGAUAGUGUGACGGACUGGGAGGUGGAUGAAAUGUUAAAGUGGACAAGUGCACUCAACUAUGAAGAGUACGCCGAGAAGUGGAAAACAAUCGGAACAAGCAAGUUUUCAGAAGACGUCUCAGGUUUCUGGUUGAGUGAAUACUGCAAACCUGCCGAAGUGUCUGAGGGACCAGGGGAGCUCCAAAAAUUGUCGCCACGUCGACCGAAGGAGAAUCCGGUAAAAAAAAUGUCAGUUUCAAAAAGUAUCCUAUACAAUUGAGGAUAAAUUUCAGAUGGCGGGAGAAGCCUGCAAAAAUACAAGUAUUCGUGGGAAUGUCAACUCCUUAAGUACUAAGUAAAAUGAAGCUUCAGGAGAUAAAAAGUAACUCUGCAGGUAGACUGUAUAAAGAGAAUCCCUGUUGCAUGUUCUUGUAUUUCCUGACACACGAAUAGCCUUUCCAACUCAGUUUGAAGUUAGAUCUAACUGUACUGUACUGUAAAGUUAAAUAAUUUGUACUCAUAUAUAUAUAGGGUUAAAAAAUUGUUAAAUGAAGUUUGAAGUUAGAUCUAACUGUACUGUACUGUAAAGUUAAAUAAUUUGUACUCACAUAUAUAUAUAGGGUUAAAAAUUGUUAAAUGAAGACUGCUCCUUAAUUUUACUUGCCUAGAAUAUUUUUUAAUGAUUGGAUUAGACUGUUGCUUUGUCUUGCUUAAGUUAAAAUAAAGCCGCGGGGGGAGCUCUCUCUCAGUCUAUCAGACUGAGAACAACGAGCAAUCCUUGGCAAG